AUGCCCGUAAACAACUCCCCGCCUUCGUCAUCCAGCAACUCCUAUUUGGAGCAGACGGCUUCUCUCCUCAGCACUGUCGCCACAUACAUGCGGCUGCCAGCCUUGGCGUCCACGGGUAUCGCCGCCGUACUGACGAGCUUGUUAUAUUUCAAGCAAAGAGCGUUGAUCUACCCCUCGCAUAUGCCCCCGAAUGCCCGCGUAGAAGUUCCACGACCGUCCCAGUUUGGUAUCACAGACUUUGAGGAGCUAGUCAUACCCACAAACGAUGGAGAGAAACUAUCGGCCUUUUACAUCCGCGGUCCCCGUGAUGGUCGCAACUCCAACAUAACCAUGCUCAUGUUCCAUGGCAAUGCCGGCAACAUUGGCCACCGUCUUCCCAUUGCCCGCAUGAUCAUCAACUAUCUCGGCUGCAACGUCUUCAUGUUGGAGUACCGGGGCUACGGCCUGUCGACUGGCGAGGCGGACGAAUCUGGCUUGUACAUCGAUGCGCAGACAGCCCUCGACUACCUGAGGUCCCGUGCCGAGACUAGCAGCCACAAGCUCGUCAUUUACGGCCAGAGUCUUGGUGGGGCCGUUGGCAUCAAGCUCGUCGCCAAGAACCAGCACGUCGGCGACAUCGCCGGGCUCGUCCUGGAGAACACAUUCCUGUCCAUGCGCAAGCUGAUCCCUUCCGUCAUCCCCAUGGCCAAGUAUGUGACGCUGCUUUGCCACCAGGUGUGGCCUAGCGACUCUCACAUUCCCAAUAUCAACAAGGUUCCCAUCCUAUUCCUUAGCGGAUUGCAGGAUGAGAUUGUACCACCAACUCACAUGCGCCAAUUAUACGAACUAUCCAAAGCGCCCUGGAAGACCUGGAAGGCGCUUCCCGCGGAGAUCACAAUACCAGCGUCCUAG